AUGAAACCAGAUAUGAGACGAAGAGGUUCCCGCUAUAACGGUAGCACAAAGUCCAAAUCCGGCAUCUCCGCCGAGUCGAGCCCGCUACAAAAAGUAAAGACGGAAGUUCUACUUCUCUUCCACGAAUUGCCAGAUUGGGCAAAGGAUAAUGAAUUCAUUCAUUCUGGUUUCAGACCAGAGACAAACUCGUAUUGGAAGUCGCUUAAGAGUAUGGGGUAUAUCCAUAACGAAACUGGCAACAUAUACACCCACUUCUUCGCAGCCCUAUGGAUGUUCAUCUUAGGAUCAUGGUGGAGUGGUUAUGCAAAGGAGCGGUAUCCAAUCACCACUUUUGACGACACUAUUGUCUUUUUCCUGUUCUUUCUAGGCGGGGCGAUCUGCUUCCUUCUUUCAACAGCUUACCACGUGUUUUCAAACCAUUCGCAUGCAACUCAUCUCUUUUGUCUGAAACUCGACUUCCUAGGCAUACUCGUCGUAACUGCUGGAUGUUUUCCUCCUGGCCUCUGGUACACUUUUCCGUGCGCACCACGUCAAACAAAGUUUACAUGGAUUGCUGUAAGUAAUACUUAUGGGUACUUCUACCUAUUCUGGGAAGUAGAGAGCAAUUCACAAGUUGGAUCGCUGAUAAAAUCCAUGUAGUUCGAUCUUGCCGCCCAAUUUUGUGCUGCCCUCCUGGUUCUGUUUUCAAAGACCUUUCAGUCUUCUAAGAUGCGAGCUUUUCGCGGCUUUGUAUUUUCUGUCAUGGCAUCUUCAGCUUUCUACCCAAUUAUAAUCAAGAUCUUUCAAGUCGGCUGGACGCAGGCAAAUGCUGAGUAUGGAGCCUCGUUAUAUGGCUUAACAAUUAUCAUAUAUCUAUGUUCUGUGACGACGUAUGGGGCAAGUCGCCUCCAUUUGGAUAGGCACUGGGCCUAUGCUAACAUUCUGUACAGAUGCGCGUGACAGAGGCUUGGAAACCCGGAUACUUUGACAUAUGGGGUCAUUCACAUCAAAUAUUCCACGUUGGUAUGGCGAUUGGACUUACCGUACACUUUUUGGCAUUUUUUAGGGCUGUUGAUCAAUUUUAUGCUGUGAAGCAUGGCUACUGCCCCGAUUAG